AUGUCUCGUCGCGACCAGAUUUUCCAGACGUUUGCUGCCGUCCAGGACUCGGUCUACCAGCUCAUCGACGAACGCACGUCUUCGUUUGGCCACGCACCCGGGCCCUCGGCGCCGAGCAGCAGCAGCAGCGCCGGCACAGGCGCGAACGUGCGCCGAUCGGACACGACUGCGACGACUGCGCCCCCCCUCUACCACCGCCAGCCGCGCCAGGGCGCCGACGAGGACGAGGUGCCCGACGAGGUGCGCAACGCCGCGCCCGGACACGCACAGGAGGCCCUCGACCAGAUGCCGCGGACGCGCAUGGCCAAGGGCGAUGCCCGGGAGGCGCGCCGCGCCGCGGCAGCGCUGCGCGAGGAGCAGCUGCGCUCGGGCGCCCUCAAGACGCGGCACAGCUUUGCGAGCCAGAACGGCCGCGUGCUCCUCGACGUCUCGACGCCGCCCCAGAAGACGCUCACCUUCAUGGGCGGCUCCCAGCAGCGCGGCACGGGCGCCAUCAAGGGCAAAGUCACGGUGCAUGCGCAGGAGGGCGACCGUGUCUCGGCCAUCCGUCUCAAGAUCAAGGCGGUAGCCAAGGUGCAGGUGCCCCGGGCAGGCACCGCGCAGGCGCCAUUCCCACUCAGCCAGGCACACCCCAACAUAGAGCCAUGUGUGGAAAAGGAGGUGCUCCUGCUCCAGCUCGAGUCCAAGCUCUGGACGGCGACCAAGAACAAGGAUGCUCCGUCGACGUUUCCCGCCGUCGAGGACCCCACCGUGCUCACAAAGGGCUCCCACGACUUUGCCUUUUCCAUCGACCUGCCCGCGCAGACGUCCAAGGGCGAGGCCCUGCCGCCCAGCUUUGUCCUCCAGCCCGUCAUUACGGCCAACCAAGCUGCCCAGUCGCAGCAGCAGCGGCGUCAGCAGCAGCAGCAGCAGCAGCAACAACAACGCCGGUCAGGAGGGAGCGGCCUCGACGACAUGCGCGGUAAGGUCGCCGCCCUCACCUCGGCGCUGCCCCUGCCCGGCGCCACGACGGAGUGGGCGAGCGUCAAGUGGUACGCCAAGCUGACCGUCGAGCGGCCGGGCAUGUUUCGCGCCAACGACCGCGUCUUUGCGCCUUUUGUCUACCUCCCUCCCCCACCGGCGGGCAAGGACGUGGAGCCGCUGCUGCAUCGGAGGCUCCGUCUGGCCGCCGAGAUUGACGCGACGCUCCGCGCCUCGUUUGCCGCCAGAAACGCACGGGCUGAUGCCGCCUCUGGCCUGCAGAUGAUGCUCGACAAGCUCGCCGAGCCACUGGGCCAGUGGGAGCCCGUGCGACUGGUGGACCCGAUGCUGCAGGGCGGCAAGGGCAAGCAGAGAAAGGCAGCCGCCGCCGCCGCCGCCGCCGCCGCGUCUCCAGCCAAGGGCAACGACGCAGGCCCGGGCUUCUUCUCCAAGCUCCUCUUUGGGGCCCAGGUCACGCAGACGGCGCCCAACGCACCCUCGAGCGAGUCGUGGACCUUACUACUGCCAAGAAAACCCAAGCUGUUUGCCCUCCGGUCGGGGAUCCCCUACCUGCUCAUCCGCGACGUCGAGUGGAAGGGCCAUCAGCUCGACGAGGCGGCCCUGUCGCGCGUGCCCACCGUGGCCCUGUACCAGCGCACGCGCACCUACGCCCGCGCCAAGGGCCCCGUCUCGGGCCACCUCGUCCGCAACAUGUCCCUCGGUCGACAGUCGGCCGACGCCGAUCCGAUCCAGAGCGUCGACUUCACGCCCAAGAACACGACGGCAAAGUCGGGCAUCGUCAACCGCCGCAAGGACUCGUACCUGGGCAUCGUCGACCUGCCGCCCACCUGCUCGCCCUGCUUCGACACCUCCAUCCUCACGCUCGAGUACUUUGUCGGCGUCCAGCUCGUCCGGAAUGGGCCCUUGGUGCAUUCAGAGCCCGUCGUCCUCUCCUGCCCGCCGCCGAUGCCCCCGCCCGCACCGCAGCCGCCUUCUGGCCAGCGAAGGCGGGCUGCUGCUGCUGCUGUUGGCAGCAGCAGCAGCAACAGACCGCAAGCAUCGAGAACGCCGACGACGUCGAAACCGGCGAAGCCUUCUCCCUCGCGCGUGCCUUCGUCUGCAGCUGCAGCAGCUGCUGCUGCUAAUCCGGCUUCUCCUGCCCGCACAUCGACUGGUCAGCCUGCUCGGAGACCGCCGCCGCCAGCACAAGCCCAGGCGGGGCCCUCGUCGAGGCCGGCAACGCAGCCCGCCCGGACAAGCACGCAGCACAACCACGGCUAUCCCGACGAGAAGCGCCGUCUGGCGUCCUCGCCAGCAUCGUCACCAUCGCCGAGCCCUGCGCCGCCGUCGGUCGCGGCACAAGCGGCAGCAGCAGCAGCACAGACAUCAGCAGCUCCGCCGCCCCUGCCGUCGCGAGCACAAGCGCCGCUACCACCGCUCCCGCCUGCCGCCGCACCAACGACGGCACCGCACUCGACGCAGUCCUCCGUCAACGGCCACGGCACGCCCAUCGGUGGCGGGCCAGACCACGAACUCGACGACGACGACGACGACGAGGACGAGGCGGCAUCGUCGACGGGCCAUACGUCGCACGACGCACACGCCUGGCGCUUUGCAGAGGACGACCUCGUCACCGACCUGCCGCCGAGCUACUUUGAGGCGACGGGCGUGCAGGACCGCGACGACUGA